UAUAUAUAUGGAGGCCCCGCGGCCACUCACUGUCCCACGGUCUGCCUGUGCCUCACCACCAGCCGCCCCUCGACCCAACGCCAGCCUGCAACCAUGACAUUCAACGGAACCUGGAAAGUGGACCGCAAUGAGAACUAUGACAAGUUCAUGGAGAAAAUGGAUAUUAAUGUCAUGAAGCGCAAGCUGGCGGAACACGACAACCUGAAGGUCACCAUCGAGCAGAACGGGGACAAGUUCCACAUCAAGGAGUCCAGCACCUUCCGCACCAAGGACAUCGACUUCACCCUGGGCGUCGUCUUCGACUACAGCCUGGCCGACGGCACAGAGGUCUCGGGUAUGUGGGAGAUGGAGGGCGAUGUGCUCAAGGGCACAUUCACCAGGAAAGACAACAACAAGGUCCUGACGACCACCCGAGCUGUGGUGGGAGGGGAGCUCGUACAGAGCUACAACUACGAGGGAGUGGACGCAAAGAGGAUUUUCAAGAAGCAGUAACCUGCAGUGUGAAGUUCAUAUCUUAUUUUUUAUAUAGACGACACCAUAUAGUUUCUUUCCCCUCCCACUAACAACAAGUCAUGGCAAAGUCUCGUGGGAUUUGACUGCAUAUACCUCAACAAGUUUUCUGGUAGGAGAAUAAUGAUCCACAGUGAUUUGCUGCAUGAAUACCAAUGACACAAUGAGUGGGGGACUAAGUGGGGACCUGACAAAAGGCCGAUCCGACAACUGCAAACAAUCCUGAGAAGAAACGAGCAGGUGAAUUAAAUCAGCAGCAGCAGUAAGAAAAAAAAGCAGAAGUCAUAAAUAUUAAGUCAAACGAGCUGAGGGAGAACAGCCGUUACCAUGUGGCAGCCUCAGGGUCUUAAAAGAAUCACACCCACAAAAAAACAGGAUCCAAGAAGUGGCCAAACACUUGUUAAAGAGUCGGUUCACACAAUUUUUUUAAAGAACAUAUCUCUCAUGGUCGCUUCAUGCAUAUAUUUAUAACAUUUUUUGAUUUAUUGGAAGAUUUCUCUCUGGAUAAUAUAAUGGAGGAGGGGGUUUCAGGAAUUGGGGUGUUGCCAUUGAAACUCCACCACCUCCAUCGUUUUGGGCAAAUAAAACCCAAAGCCCUGCAAACGAUUGUAUGCAGCUACAUGCGAGUGGGACAAGAUGGUCUCUGGGAUUUGGACUUUAACUUGACAAGACUUCAACCCACACUAAUCUCCAUCAUUGUGAAGCAGCUCCAUAACAAUCCUGCACGACACGAGACACUGUUUCGUGUUAACCAGCCAAUCUGCACCGAUGGCUCAUGUCCAUAAUUCAGCCUGUAACAAUAAAGCAAUUUUAAUAUAA